AAAAAAAAAUAAAAUGUUUUCUCCCGUCCAAACAAGUCCCUAAAUUAGGGUUUAAGACCAAAGACGUGAAAAAUCCUACACUAGCCUAAGCCUAAACCCUUGUCAGGUAAGUAUGGCUGCCGUGGAGAUAGACCUUGGAAAGCUUCCAUUUGACAUUGAUUUUCAUCCAUCCGAUCAUCUUGUUGCUGCUGGACUCAUCACCGGCGACCUUCUCUUGUACCGUUACAAUGCUGAUUCUCCGGCUCAGAAGUUGUUGGAAGUAAAAGCUCAUAGCGAAUCAUGUAGAACUGUCCGGUUUAUCCACGAGGGCCGUGCAAUUGUGACGGGAUCUCCAGAUUGUUCUAUUCUUGCAACAGACAUUGAGACUGGCUCAGAAAUUGUUCGCCUGGAGAAUUCCCAUGGGGCUGCUGUUAAUCGAAUUGUAAAUUUGACUGAGUCAACUAUUGCUUCUGGAGACGAUGAAGGAUGCAUUAAGGUAUGGGAUACCAGACAACGCUCAUGCUCCCAUUCUUUUAAUGCACAUGAAGAAUACAUUUCAGACAUUACAUUUGCAGCUGAUUCCAUGAAACUAUUGGCAACUAGUGGCGAUGGGUCACUUUCUGUAUGCAAUUUAAGGAGCAGCAAGAUCCAAACUCGCUCUGAAUUUUCUGAAGAGGAGCUGCUCUCUGUGGUAAUUAUGAAGAAUGGUAGAAAAGUAAUAUGUGGUACUCAAUCUGGAACUCUGUUACUGUAUUCAUGGGGAUUUUUCAAGGAUUGCAGUGAUCGCUUUGUUGAUCUAUCACCAAACUCUAUAGAUGCAUUACUGAAACUUGACGAAGAUCGAGUAAUAACUGGGUGUGAGAAUGGGCUUAUCAGCCUGGUUGGCAUAUUACCGAACAAGAUUAUUCAGCCAAUUGGCGAGCAUUCAGAAUACCCCGUUGAACGUCUUGCCUUUUCUCAUGAUAGAAAGUAUCUUGGAAGUGCAUCACAUGACCAUUUACUGAAAUUGUGGGAUCUGAAUGAGCUGGUGCAAGAUUCUGAGGAUGGUGCGAAGAAUGAUUCAAGUGCUGAAGAUAGUGAUAAUGAUGGGAUGGAUGUUGAUGAUAAUAUACCAAAAUCUUCCAAAGGGAGCAAGAAGAAAAAUGUAAAUAAAGGGCCAGAUCCUGGGAGUUCGAACAAUUUCUUUUCAGAAUUAUGAUAUGAUGUUUCAUUGGUCUUGGAAGGGCAGAGUCAUGGUAAUUCAAACAAAACAAUCCUGCCGUUUUGAGUUCUUUCUGCGUAUUAUAAGAACCAACAACCUGGUACGAAAGGAGGGGUAUAAGUUAUAUGGUGAUGAUGCCCUAUUCCCUGCUCCCCUGCAGGGUUUAGGAAGCUGAUUAAUCGAUUCUCUGAGGGUCUGAUGCUUUUGGACGCGUUUAUUAUACAGGUUUUUGGAUACUCCAUAGGUUAGCUUUCAUUUAUUUCCUUGAGGGAUGUUGCCGCGAUAAGUAUCAUAUCUGGUUUUAGGCUCGUGUAAUAUGAUUUUUUGGAAGAUUAUCCAUAUUUCAUAGUCAUGUACUAGUAUAAACA